AGAUGAGUUAAGUGUCUCAAAGAUAAAGAAGUCCUUCUCCUUAAUCUCCAGAAAAGGUUGCUUAAAGAGAGAAAGCAGCUUAAGCAAUGAAAAGACGUAAUUAAACAUAGCCAAGCUUUUUUGAAAAAUAUGCUUACCAUUUGGUUAUAGGAGCAUUUGGAUUUGUAUGUGUUUAUGCUUUGUUUUCCAUAUUGACAAGAUCAAGCAAGAAAUUAACAACAGCUCCUGUAAUAGAUGAAGAGGAGAUAGCUGCUCAUAAUUCUUUAGGAUCAUAUUAAUAGGGACCAAAUGAUUUCUUUAAAGAUUGGAAAUUUAGUGAUGCUAAAUUUAUUUUUAAUAAUCAUUUGACAUUCAAAGGAAAAAUAUAAUAAUGCCCUGAAAGUAGUGUUAUUAUUCCAGAAAGUUAUAACUUCAGAGAAGCUUAACCAGAAUGUGCAUAACCAAUCUAUUUUUAAGGUAUUAAUAUUAUAUUAAAUAAAAAAUAGGAAAUUG